AUGGGCAUGGCAGUCUCCCUAAAGGGUAUUCUGUGCCGAACUCCCGAAUUGCUGAGUCACAUCCCUGAACCGGAGUCCAACCGGGGACGGAGCUCCGCUUCCCGUGACUUUGAAGCCCUCUCAUUCGAUCUCAUUCGACCUCGUUUGGGAAUUUCUCCGCUUCUAAACGGUGGUCACACCGGUUCAGGCCGCUAUCCAGCAAACGGCCUGUGA